AUGAAGAUUCUUUGGGAAAGCAGAAAUUGGCCUGGAGCUAGUAUUGAACAGUCAAUUUCAUGUCUCAGUUGGGCUCCAUCUUCAAAGGAAGGGAGAGGCCUGUUAAGCGUCGGAUGUGAAACGGGUUCAGUUGGUGUCACUUACACGGAUUUGGGAUCUGAUCAUGAUUGUUACAAACGUUACAAUUUUAAUCUGCGCGGGCAUCAAAGUUCAAUCGCGUUGGUUGCGUGGAAUCGAGCACAAACAAAGCUGCUAUCCUGUGAUGUAAACGGUGUUAUUUAUCUUUGGGCUCCAAAUGAAGAACGGUGGACAGUUGAAUUGGUUAAUGACAGAGGCUUUAAAGUCAGGGAUUUUGAUUGGUCCCCUAAUGGGGCUUCUGCGCUCAUCUGUUAUGAGGACAAUUUUGUGCUUAUCGGUUCUUCAACUGGUCAACGAGUUUGGUCAAAUACUUUUAUUUUUUCAAUUCUCUGUGGAGCGUGGGCACCAAAUUCUCAGGAGCUUGUUUUGGGGCUUAACAGUGGAUCUAUCAACGUGUUAAAUGACCAGGGAACGUUAAUCACAGAACGUAGCCUAUUCCAGGUUGGGGUGCAGCGUGUUGCCUUUUCUUCGAUACGAGAAGUUGACAAGAAUGGGGAUGGAAAGUGGACACUAGCUUGUUGCUCGACUGCUGAUCAAAUACUUUUUCUAAACACAUUUUACGAAGUUGAGCUUGGCUCAUGGCAAGCGCCUGACCCUGUGAUCUUGAUGCGUUGGAGUAAUGACGGUACAAUGUUAGCUGUUGUUUGCAUUCCAAACAGAAUUGUUGUCCUCGACUACAACGGUCGUGCUAUUCAUUCCUUCUCAGCACCCAUUCCAAAUUGUACACUUUCCGCCUUCACCUGGGCACAUAAUGAUCAAGCAAUUGUUGUUGCAGCCAAAGGAUGUGUGGCAACCGGCAGAAUUGUUCGGAAUGUGCCCACCCUUUCUCAACUUGUUUCCUACUCUAUUUGGGAAUUGUUGGGACAAAGUUCUAAAAACAGAUCACUCUUGCCAUUGCCUGAGCGAGAGCAAACGUUAAUUUCCCAAUUUGAUCACCAUAUCAUUCGAUGUCGAAUUCCAAAUAUUGAAUGUCUCUAUGAUGUUGUUUGUCGGCCGAGUGCUUGGCGUUGGUAUUGCACUAUAGUACCUGUGGCUAGAAAGAAUCUGUAUAUGCUCUGUGUUGAGCAUAUGGGCGGAUUUGUACCAAUUUUGCUCGGCCGUCAAACCAAUAGAAUAAUUCCUCAAUUUAUCAUAUCACUGCCGCCGCAUUUACUAGCCAAAUGCAGAGCUGCCGCUCUUCAUGACCAUGUUACACUUCUCGAUGAAUCUUUAACGUCUCCAAGUGUUCUACUUAAUUCCAAUAAAACAGAUGAUUCUUUAUUGUUGAACGCCUCGAGGUCUUCAUCAUUAGCGGCGCCAGUUGUUCGACUACAACACCACAAUUUGUUAGUUGGGGGUCCUUCUGCUCAAGUUGAGGAUGUUGGGCAGGAUGCCUUUCGUCGUGAAAGUAGCCAACGCAAUUCAGUUUGGCGGCGAAGUAAACGCCAAAUUAGACGCUUUGUAAAUCGUCGGAUAACUCCACAACGUAUCGCCACUUCAAUACCUGCUGUUAAAAGAACACCUCCAACGCUUGUCCAUGUUAAUUCCAACGUUUGGUGCACAAGAUUCAAGAUUAACGCUGCCAGUGGGACCAAUUUACCAACUCAAUUAGCACAGGUUUUCUACAAAACUUCUGUGUUACACUUACAACCACGCCAAAUGACUAUAAAUUUGUGUGAUCUUGGCUUGGGUACAAGUACUUCAACAGAAAAUCGGCGUGCGAAGCGUGAACGGAGAGAUCGUCGGCGCUGUGAAUCAGCAGCUCGAGUUCCUCUUGAAGUCCGUCCAGAAAGUCGAUGGAAAACUCGUACAGCAAUAACUGAUGAUGAAAUAAGUGAAGAAGAUAGAAUGUUAUUUGCACAUAUUAUCUCCCAAAACAAAGAAGUAUCUACAAUACAACACAAAAAUGAGUCAAACAACAAUACAGAUGAACAGAGAUCGAAGAAAGUACAAAUUGACAGCCAUUUUUGUGAGGGUGAAGUUGAUAAUGAAGGUGAAUAUGAACUUUUCGGAGAACAUAAUGGUGAAGAAGAAGAUGGAUUAAUGGAUAGUGAACGAGAAUUGUACGAAAAUGUGAUAUCCGAGUUUGAUGGACUACGUCAGGCUGUCAAUACAUAUAUUCUGGUAGUCAUUGUUUAUCAUAAAUUUUCUUAUAAAUUUCUUCAGAAAAUGAAACAAUUUGCUACUGAACUUGAACAAUCACAAUCUGUAUCUAUUCUGGAUGCACCCUCCUGUAAUCCAAAACCAACGUCAUUUGAAGUCAGUCCAACCACCUCAAAAAUACCUGUGGCACCUUCAAUUUCCGUUGUAAAGGAUCGAAAACGUCCAGUUGCGGCAAAGAUAAUGCUGAAACAACAAAAUAAAUGCAAAGAUCAGAGGCCAUCUACUUCAACGAGCCUUAAUCCUUCACCAAAGGAUUUGGCACACAAUAACCGUCCUAAUGUUAGACCCCAGAGUUCUCCGGCGUCUGGUGUCGAAUUGGAUGGGUGGCAUAUACGACUAAAAGAGCUAAAGUUUAUUGACGACGAUGCUCAUCAGCUUUCUACCGGUGAUCACCUAACUUCGCGUCCAACCACACUUACACAUAAUCAGGAUUAUUCAUCCAAUGUACCAAUUUCAUUCUCACAACAGGGCGAUUCAAAUAUGGUGAUGACGUAUACACCUCUUAUGUUGGAAUCAACGUUAAAUAAGCUUGAGCCUCUUCCCUUAGAUACCCAUCAAGAUGGCGUUAUUGAUGCUAACAGUAAAAAUAACAGCCGAAUCUCUCAACUAAAUGAUAUACGAGCUAUUGUAGAUAAGCUUUCUCGAUUAGCUUCCGAGUUAUCUGCCACGCGUCACCAUUCGUCUGCAAUCCACACUAUGGGGCAUUCGCAAAGCUGCCAACGAUCGGGUACAAAAUAUGAAAUGCUUGAAAUUAAACAUGAUUCCACUGGGCAACCUUCACCGUCAAGCAGUUGUUCGGCAUCUGGAGAGGCAUCUCGAUCAAGCCCUCGUAUGCUUUCUCCGUCCGGAAGUCGACACAAAAAUGUGUCGAUUCUAAGGGAGAAAGUCCGAGGAAUUGCUCGUCACAUAGUUCAAUUUGAAGAGUUAAUCCGUAUCAAUGAUCUACUUAAUGAGAUAAGCGGUGAUUUACGACAGCGAGUUCAACAUAUCAAAGUUGUUCUAGGAGAGGAUGAUGGAAGCGAGGAACAUCUGUGCCUGAGCGGUGAACAAGAAUCUAUUCAAAAAAAGAAUUUCGAAAAGGAAUUGCCGGUCCCAACUAAUAGAGGGCGAAAUGAACGACCUACAACUGAUUCGCCGUUUGAGCCUUAUGCCGAAAUUACCGACCAAUCAAAUCGAACAAAAUCUACUUUACAGAAAUGCCUGGAUGAGCUAGAGAGGAAAAAUUCAGGAAAUAGAGAAAAGCCACCAUCAAGUAGAAAACCAGAGGACCCCGGUACCUCGUCAGGGCCAAAAAUGCUCGUUAUGACCAACAAGAGACCCUUUUGGAAUGAGCAAUCGCAAGUUUACCAGUUGGAUUUUAACGGUCGAGUCACUCAAGAGUCCGCAAAGAAUUUCCAAAUUGAAUAUCAGAAUCGGCAAGUUCUUCAGUUUGGGCGGAUCGAAAAUGGUGCAUACACCCUCGACUUUCGUGAGCCUUUCUCAGCAAUUCAGGCAUUCGCUAUUGCAUUGGCUUCGAUAACUCAAAGAUUAAAAUGA